AUGAAGCCCCUAUCAGCCUUACUGCCUUGUGCAGCACUCGCACAGUAUGUCGCCGCCCAAGGUGCAUACCUCUUCACCAUCGAUCGCUCCAUCACCACCCCGUCUACCGGCAUGAUUGAUUCAGAAAUGGCCAGUGCCAUUAUCGCGAGAAGAAGAGCCCUUACCGCUGAUCGAUACCUGGGCAUCACAGAUGCAAUGUUGCUUGAGGACCUCAAUACCUACGGAGGAUAUCAGGCGCCUCUGUUUGGAGAGGGCCAUCCCAAGGAUGCUCCAGGAAAGCUGUUCAUCAGAAUAUCGGGGGUUGAUAUGCAGAUCAAGGACUUCGAUUUCGCCAUGCCCGAUCUAUGGAUUUCAGACCCAACAAAGGAUCUACUCAGCGAUUUCAAGGCGGUGGUUGACGGGAGUCGCAAAGAGAAGGACGGGCUCUGCGAGUAUGAAGUUCCCCCCUCUCGCAAUGCGCCCAACAGCAAGGGUGUCGAGGCCAUCUUCACUUAUCCCGCCGAAAAUGGAAGAUGCCUAGCGGCUUCAGAGAUCCCAAAUAUCCCCAUCAUUCUCUCCCUCCACAGUUUUCUGCCCACCAACCCGUCGGGCGUCAAGACCCAGCUGAACUCCUUGAUCCGCAUCCUCAAACACUUCUCCGCCACCGACAACGUCGAAUCCACACUCCUCCUUCUUCCUCCGACGAACAAGCUCAAGAACCCCAAGAAGAAAAAGGCCCACAGCCACAAACAUGCCGCCCGCGCAGCGCAGGAAUCUGAAGAAGAACGCCUCGACCUCCCCUCCUCCGUCUCUGAAUUUGACACAAUCAGACCCGCCAACACUUCCUCAAACUAUACACUCCCCUCCGUAAUCCCUGCGUGCUUCGCCUCGCAAUCCGCUUGUGAAAACACCACAAACUCCUGCUCCGGUCAUGGCUCCUGCUACAAGGCCCACAGCAACUGCUACAAAUGCCGAUGCGGGUCCACUCUCGUCCGGGUCAACGAGGAACGGACAAAGAAGACGGUGAAAUGGGGCGGAAACGCGUGCCAGAAGAAAGACAUCUCCGUGCCGUUUGUCCUGUUUGCGAGUUUCGGCGUAGUCAUGGCCGCGUUAAUCGCUGGCGCGAUUGGCAUGUUAUACAGCAUGGGAGCGGAGGAAUUACCCAGCGUGAUUGGAGCCGGGGUCGCAGGCCCCAGGGCUCCGAAGUAG